AUGUUUUCGGCACAAAAGAUAGCCGAGUUCCAGCCUGCCAUUCGAGAAAAGGUCGAAAAGUUGUGCCAAAAGCUGUCAGAAUAUAGAGAUGGCAAACCAGUUCCGUUAAACCGAGCCUGGAUGGCCCUUACAACAGAUAUAAUAACCGAAUAUGCGUUCGCAAACUCCUAUGAUCAGCUUGAUUCCCCAAAUUUUCAAGAUACUCUUCACGAAGCUUUGGUGGCCAUAUAUGUUACUGGGCAUUUUGCGCUUCAUUUUUCAAUAGUCUUUCCAAUCUUGGAUGCGCUUCCCGAGUGGCUCGUUCUGAAAAUGCAACCAGCCCUUGCCUCAGUUGUCGGCUUGCGAAAGGACUUAGCUCGCCGAGUAGACGACAUUCGAAGUGGUGUUAAUGCCUCCUAUAAAAAGGUUAAACAUCGAACCAUAUUCCACGAAGUAUUAAAUAGUGACCUGCCGGACGAUCAAAAAUCAAGUACUCGUUUGGGGGACGAAGCACAGCUUAUCGUUGCAGCUGGAUUGAUAACAACAUCAUGGGCGUUGAGCGUAGCUAGCUUUCAUAUUAUCAAUAAUCCACAUAUUCAAGAAAAGCUUCGCGCAGAGCUCGCCGGGAUCCAAACCCCAUUCGAAUGGCACGAUCUAGAAAAAUCGCCCUAUCUUAAAGGUUGCGUGCAUGAAGCCAUAAGACUCAGUCACGGAAUCACAACUCGAAACCCUCGCCUAGCACCGGACUCAAAGCUUGUAUACAGAGAUUGGGUAAUCCCACCAAAUACGGCAGUGUCGAUGACCAACGUCGACACUUUGAUGAACCCGAAGAUUUUCCCUGAUCCACAACAAUUUAUUCCUGAGCGUUGGGUGAAUGACCCUAAUCUGGAGCGUUAUUUUGUUCCCUUUGGGAAAGGAUCGCGACAAUGCAUGGGCAUCAAUCUUGCAAUGGCCGAGCUAUAUAUAGCAAUAGCAAUGGUGUUUACUAGAUUCUCGUUCGAAUUGUACGACACGACGCACUCCGACGUGAUAAUGGAACACGCAUACCUUGUACCAUAUCCGAGAUGGGACUCCAAAGGAAUUAGGGCGAGGGUCUGCUCUGACAGUGACCUAAGCCCUAACCCAGGCCGAGAAACAGGGGGUGGUAGCUGUCUAAUCACGUGUCGUACUCACCUUACCCACUUAAACUUUUCAGUAUUUUCAGACAUAGAAGCGAUUGAAGUUGAUAAAGCGUUUCUUACUAUCACUGUUGGGUGUUAUAGCAUUCAAGUUCGUGUCAUGGAUGGUAGCGGGGAAUUCUCCGCUGAGACAGCGGGCAGGAAGCCGGCGCCACCAUUCAACCCCGCGGAAACCAACAUGACACUUCCGCAGUUCUACACUCAUCCCGAAGCUGACGUCCUUACCCCUCUUUUGCAGGCACAUCUCCCUCAGUCCGGGCCACUCCUCCGCAGAAUCCAAUAUAGUAUCCUUCACAGGUCACCAACCGCUUGCUAUCUGGCUACGUUCCCCUACUCUGCUGCCGAAUACGACGCGCCAUCGCCUUGGCUAGCUGCUUAUAUAGAUUUACACGCUUGGCCAGAGACUCAGGUAUGGGUAUAUUCAAGCCUUGAAGCAAAAAGCACUAUACUCCAUGGGGAGGAAUCAGUUCUGAGUGCCAGGGGCUCUGAUAUCGACCAAAGUCGGGAUCAGAUCAUAGGGUUACUCUCGCAUUGCAUAACAGAAGCCCUGCCUGCCUUUCUAGCAAGUGGUAAAGUGCCUAAAGACUGGGCACAGAACAGUGGUCAUCAUGCCAAAUCGGUGCCUCCAAACCCACCAACUGCACUUUUAUUUGGCAGCGUCCAUUCAGGCCUUGUCAAAUUAUUGGCUGAGGCUUCUACUCAGGCAAAGCUUUCACCACCUUCAAAAUAUCAUAUAGCGUUCAAGGAACGUUGCGUGAAAUACUCCUUUCCCCGGUCAAUUUACGAUCCAGCAGUCAACAAGCCAUCAAUCAUGCUUCCAGAAGGGUAUCGUUUCUGUUCUCGCAAUGGAAGUACUGGAUUUCAACCGUAUCAAUACGAUUUCAUUAGGAGCCGGUCUUAUAUCAUACGCCCUAAGUAUGCUCUGCAGAGAAUGGCAAGUGCUGUACUAUAUCAUGAUAGCCCCAACAAUAGCGGAGGGCGUGGCUUCGAGGAGCAAGAUAAUACUUCAGAAUUGCCUAUUGGAUGGGCAUUCCUAGGCUAUGACGGAAGCCUCGUUUCACUGCAUGUUGAGGUGGAGCAUCGGGGCCAGGGUUUGGCCGCUUUCCUUGCGAAAUCGGUCAUGCAGCAGGGCAUGCUGGACGAACGGCGUUUUUGGCUUGCUGGUGAACAUGACAGGGAGCAAGGAUGGGUAUUCGCUGAUGUUGUGUCUGAAAACCAUGCGAGCCGACGAUUGAUGGAAAAAAUGGGAGGAGACAUGGUAUGGACUGUUUCAUGGGUCCUUGUGCUACCUUGUUCUUGUAAAAAGUGUAUCUUCUGUGAAGGAACUGCGGGGAGGGAGAACCAAGAGUAA